UUGAUCAGUCGCCUGCCUCUCCGCUAGAGGACGCUAAACAUAACACCAACUCACGUGGCAGCAGGAACUUCCUGUUCGACCGGAAGUAUUGUAUCACACACGUGAAGCAGACAGAAGCAGCAGAAAAUGGAUUCUAACGAGGCAACAACUUCAGAAAGUGUUUCUAAGAAAAAGGGGAAAACGAAGAAACUAAAGCGAAAGGUAAAACCCGACGAAGCUCCGGUGCAAGAGAUGGAUCAGGCGGAGGGUGAAGAAACAGAAAAGAAAUCCGUGUCUGAAGCUUGUUUACCUCCCACAUUUAGUGUGUCUGAGAUCAAAAACAAGCAGCGCAGACAUUCGAUGUUCCUUAAACUCAAGGAGGAGAAAAGAAAGCAAAAGUUGGAACUGAAAAAGAAAAAGAAAAAAGAGAGAAAAGCUCUUGGAGAUAAGGCUCCACCAAAAGAAGUUCCCAAGACAAUAGAAAACCAGAGAAUAUACGAUGAAACUACAGUCAACCCAGAGGAUGAGGAGGUGGCUUUUGAUGAAGGAACCGAUGAGUUCUCUGCUUACUUCAAUCGGCUGACAAAUCCUAAAGUGCUCAUCACCACUUCGGACAGGCCCAGAGGAAGGACCGUGAGGCUUUGUGAGCAGCUGGCAACAGUGAUCCCACAUGCUCACGUGUACUACAGAAGAGGUCUGGCUUUGAAGAGAGUCAUUCCACAGUGUGUAUCUAGAGGUUUCACUUAUCUGAUGGUGAUCAAUGAGGACAGAAAAGUGCCAAAUGGUUUGGUUCUCUGUCACCUUCCUGAUGGGCCAACUGCACAUUUCAAAGUUAGUAAUGUUCGCCUUCGCAAGGAAAUGAAGAGAAGAGGUAAAGACCCAACGGAACACGUCCCAGAAGUCAUCCUUAACAACUUCACUACUAGACUCGGUCACUCCAUCGGCCGGUUGUUUGCUGCUCUGUUUCCUCAUGAUCCACAGUUUGUGGGCCGUCAGGUUGCCACAUUUCACAAUCAGAGAGACUUCAUUUUUUUCAGGUUUCACAGGUACAUCUUCAAGAAUGAAAAGAAAGUGGGCAUACAGGAACUAGGACCUCGCUUCACUCUUAAACUUCGCUCUUUACAGAAAGGAACCUUUGACUCAAAGUUUGGGGAAUAUGAGUGGGUUCACAAGCGCCAUGAGAUGGACUCCAGCAGAAGAAAAUUCCAUCUUUAAGGCACAGACUUCAAACACAGGACAGUCAUGUUGACGUUUAAUGAAUUAUCUAAAAAUCUCUUUUAUAUUAUGGAAAGAAAGUGUUGUAGAAACACAAGCUUUGUCUUUACUGUAUUAUAUUUUCUGCUAAGCAUUUGUUCAUAUGAGUAUUAUAAUCAGGCUGGACACAAAGAGACUUGGUGUGUCUCAAGUCAUGACAAAUAAAUCAAGUUAAUACAUUAUAUAUAUUUUUUCUCUAAAUGUUUGAUUAAAGACAUGGGUGGAAGAGGCCGGUUUGUGAAAUUUCAGAUUAAAAAGACUGAUGUCUUCUGUCUUAA